UUUGUGUAAAUUUUCAAGGAAGUGUGUUGAGCAGUUCGUGGUGUUUGAAAUGAUGGAGAAGCGCGUUCAAGCCGAGUUGCAUGGUCGUGCAAAAAGCGCGGUUUCGAAGCUUACGUUGGACAGUUGCAAGGUGAAGAAGAUUGCGGGUCUUGAUGCCCAGUUCGUGAACCUCAAAACCUUGUCGCUCAUCAACUGUGGUCUGAUUUCCCUCGAAGGACUUCCUGCUCUUCCUAGUCUCAAAAAGUUGGAUCUAUGCGACAACAAGAUCACUGAAGGUUGGGAAAAUUUGCUCAAAUGCCCUAAUCUAGAAGAACUGGCACUUUCAGGGAACGGAGACAUCAAGUCAAUUGAGUCACUAGAACCACUGCCACUUCGUCGAGAACAUAUGGAAGAAGCUGAUGAAAUAAUACCGACGGAAAGUUUUAGCAUCAGUGAUGAAUCUAGUUCUGAAUCUGAUGCUGAUGACGCAUCGUCGACCCAAGAAGACUUUUCUGAGGCAGAUGGCGGGGUUUCAGAGUUGGUGAAACAAGCGCCUGCGAAAUAUGCAGAUGGUGAGAUCGACUUUCAGACUUUUGUUUCCCUGCUUGGGAGCAACACUGACGUGGAUGGCGAAGCUGGUUCCGACGUGGAUUCUGAUGGCACGGCUAAUUCCGACGUGGACUUGGAAGAAGCAGAAUUUUUGCCGAGAAGGAAGGAUCAAGACGAACACGCUCCUCAGUAUGAACGAGAGUUGGACAAGACAACGAAAGGGAGAAGAAAGAUGCAAAACAGCCAGAAGAGCAAACUUGCUCCAGCUCUACAGGGUCUCGUUGGGGAAGCAAAUCUCAGGUUUGCGAGAGGAGAAAGAGACACGGUCAUUGACCUGUGCAUGCAAGUCAUAAGGCAGUAUCCAUAUGCUGCAGAACCCUAUCAAACCCUGGGCAUGGUCUACGAGGACCUGGGAUCAGCUGAGAAAUCCCUGCAAUUUUCACUCAUAGCAGCUCAUCUUCAGAAGACUGACAGAGAAGAAUGGGCCCGUCUUGGGGAACUAGCUUCGGAAACCGGACACACGGAUCAAGCCAUUACCUGCUUUGGAAAAGUCUAUGCCUUGGAUCGCAACAACAUCGAAGCCGGCGUGAUUUACGCCGAACUCGCUGGCGAGAAGAUGGGCAUGAAGAAGAAGCUGAGCUUUUACAAGGCCCUGCUGGCCCGGGCCCGCGACUCGAACCAGCCCGCCAAGAACCUGUUGCAAUGCUGCAAGGAAGUGUCCCGACUGUCGCAUCAACUGGGCGACGACGCCACUGCCACAACCAUCAUGAUUGACGCUUUCAUGACGUACACCAACGAACUCAUUCCCGAAGACAUCAAUUUCCUCUUGGAGCUGAUGAUUUUGCAGAGUCGCUCUCACUGCCUCAACUGCCUACUCGUUCACAACUUUCUUCCGCAUCGAAACGUAAACUUCGGCGUAGAGCGGUUCACAUGGACAGUGGUGAUCCCAGAGUAUACUCCUGUGGACAUCAGGACCAAGUUGAUUGUUGCCUUUGUGCACUUGGAGGCCUACGCACUCGCUGAUAUUGUUGUUCAGCCAUUGAUUACAGGAGGUCCUCAGGAUGUUGAUGACUUGUAUGUGGACAUUUACGAAGCUUACAUGGCGAAGAAAAUGUACAAGAACGCCCUGGUAUUUUUAGAAAAAUUGGCGGCAGAUCACAGAUAUUGUACUACAAAAGUGCUGCUGAGUUAUGCGGAAUGUUUGCUACAAUGCGGGGACAUGAGGGGAGCGGAAACUGCUUACAAACGGGUGCUGGAGCAACUUCCGGAUCACGUUGACGCGAGAUUGUCGCUGUCGAGAAUAUUGAAUGAGCUCGGAGAGACAGGGGAAGCCUUGGAUUUCAUCACGCAAGAUCAAGAAACUGGAGCAGUUGAUAUUCAACUUCUUAGACAAAAGUGUCUGAUUUUGUUGGAGGAGGACAGGACCAGUGAGCUGAUACCAACAGCCUCCUUAUUUUUCUCCAGACACUUCGCAGAUCUACGUUGUCCUGAAGAUGUGGUUUGUGCGACUUUGUCCAAGAGGUUGCAGAGGCUUCAAGGACUGAUUGGAACUUCGAAGUACACGUUUUCCGGUGGAGGAGUGACACCUGACGACGAGUGGCAUCUGUUUAAUGCCAUCUUGGAGAGAUUGUACGAGAAGCGAAGGUUUGUUGACUUGCAUAGACUGAGUUUGUCUGCUUUGGGGUCUAAAGUCUUCCGGCCGAGGACUGAGACACUGAGUCAACUUAGCUUCUUUGAACCGGGCCGAAGUGAGAGCUUGCUUUUUAUUGCGGUGCAGUCGUGUUUCCUGGUGGAGAAUUACGAAAUUGCUUUCCCGCUCAUCAGGUCGAUGGUGAUUUAUAAUUGGGAGAAUCCGAGGGUUCUGCAAUUGUUGAACUUGGUGUUGAAUCGGAUUCCGCCGUCUGUUCGGCACUGUAGGUUCAUCUUGAGGCUCCUUUGCAAGCUUCAGGAGAAGAAUUUGUCUUGCACCUCUAUCAAAGUGCUGAAUGCGAACGUUUGUCUGGUCAGCGGCACCUACAGAGUGGCACUGGGGGAUUACUUGAGUGUCCUCAGGGAAAAUCCCCAGCAGCCAUUCUUUGCUUUCAUGAUUGGAAUCUGCUACUGCCAUCUGGUGUGCCAGAAGUUCACCGGCUUCAAACACGGAUUUGCUUCCCAGUCUGUGGCAUUCCUGAGUCUGUACGUGAAACUGAGAGGAGAAUGUCAAGAGACGCUGUACAACUUGGGCAGAGCGUAUCAUCAGCUCGGACUGGUUUCUCUGGCGUUGCAGUACUACAAACGAGCUUUGGAACUGCCGCCUGCGGUUGAUAUGGGUAACAUCCUGACGCCGACCCAAGUCAAGGACGAGCCCAGCAAGUUGACCUGGCCCACGACGGAGGGCAAACUCUACACAGUCUGCAUGACGGACCCGGAUGCCCCGUCCAGGGCAAGUCCCGGGUUCCGCGAAUGGCACCACUGGCUCGUCGUCAACGUUCCCGAAAACCGAAUCGCCGACGGGAAAACCUUGUCUGCUUACGUCGGCUCUGGUCCCCCUCAGGGCACAGGGUUGCAUCGGUACGUGUAUCUGGUGUUCGAGCAACCCGGGGAACUGACUCCUGACGAAACCGUGUUGCCGAAUACUUCGGGAAAUGGCAGAGGGAAAUUUAGGAUUGCCGCGUUUGCUGAAAAAUAUGGACUCGGGGAUCCCGUGGCUGGGAAUUUUUACCAGGCUGAAUGGGAUGAAUACGUGCCAACUUUGUACAAGCAGAGGGUUUUAAUUGAUGUCCGUGAGCCCGAGAAGCCUUCUUACUUGGCCAAUGUGAAGCAGGUGUUGAAGGAAGAGUCGGUUACCAUCAGUGACAUCGUGGUGACUCACUGGCACCCUGACCACCUGGGUGGAGUCAAGCAGUCGUCCCUUUACAGUCAUGUUUGAAGGGCAUAGAAGAUUUUAUGUCACCUGCUGCUGCGGAAAACGUGACGGUGCAGCUGAGAAAAUUGAAAGCUGAUGGAGAAGUGCUACAAGACGGGAGACAGUGGCAAUUGAAAAUUCGCGUUGUGAGUUUUUAUGGACAGCAUUUGUUUUCAUUAUUUAGUUAUUCCUUUGUUUGUAGAAAGAUAUUCUCAGCAGCUUGUGUAAGCCACGGAUUUUGCGUCAUUUAUUGCGAGCGCUUUGGAUUGAUUCAUUGAGAGUCGGGCCAGCUGGCCCACGAUUGUAGUUGGAGUUUGCCAUGCCUGGAAGUCUUUGGUCCAGCACGCUGUGUCCUGUGUGUUCUCAUUUGUCCAUCUGGCCUUUAGUUGUGAGGACUCUGUGACUUGGUCAAUGAGCAAAGAGAAUCUGUAGUUGAUUACUGAGUUCUCUGCGGUUUGCAAGAGGAAGUGGAUUCCCAGGAGGAUUUUUGUCAAGGUUAACGCGUGUAAAAUCCUGACGCCGACCCAAGUCAAGGACGGGCCCAGCAAGUUGACCUGGCCCACUCACGACGGAGGGCAAACUCAGUCUGCAUGACGGACCCGGAUG